UAAGCCGGGCGAGCCGACGGGAGGAGGCAGUGCGGGCUGGGAGCCGCGGGGAGGACAGACGCGCCUAGAGAGGCGGCGGCAGCGGAGCACAGGUGGGCGCCUCCAGGACGGGGACCAGCGAGAGGCGGCUCCUUGUCCCACCGCAGCCCGGCGGGGCUGGAGUCUCCCUGGGGCAGCGCCGCCCGCUCCCUGGGGGUCUGGGCUCGUUCUGCUCAGCCUGAUGUGCCCCACGGCGGGCACGGGAAGGGGCGCGCCGCCUGCCAGCGCCUCCCUGCGGGCGCUGCCGGCGCUGGGCACCUGAAGCGGCAGCCGCCGCGCUGGGCUUCGUGGCUGGCUGCGCUGCUGCAUCCCGGGCCGGACUACGUGCCGAGCAUGUGCUUUGCGGGCGAGGGGGACCCGUGCCAGCCACCGGAGCGUAGCUCCUGAUCGCAGCCUCUGGGCGGGAGAGGUGGAGAGAGACCCGCUCCCUCCAGCCGCCCCCCCCUUGCCAUGGGAUGGACGCCCCGUGCGAGCCCAGCUACUGCUCGCUCGCCGUCAGCCUGAAGGAAGCCGGGGAGGGAGCCUCCCUGGCCGGGUACUUCGGCAACGGGACCAACGAGUCCCUGCAGGAGCUCUUCAGGAGCAUCAACCUGGAGCGCGCCGACGGGCUGCAGGGGGGCAGCUCUGCCGUCCUGCGCAUCGUCAUCUCCAGCGUCUACUCGGUGGUGUGCGCCCUGGGGCUGGUGGGCAACCUGCUGGUGCUCUACCUGAUGAAGAGCAAGCAGGGCUGGAAGAAAUCCUCCAUCGACCUCUUCGUGACCAGCCUGGCGCUCACCGACUUCCAGUUCGUGCUGACGCUGCCCUUCUGGGCGGUGGAGAACGCCCUGGACUUCACCUGGCUCUUCGGCAAGGCCAUGUGCAAGAUCGUCUCCUACGUGACCGCCAUGAACAUGUACGCCAGCGUCUUCUUCCUCACCGCCAUGAGCGUGGCCCGCUACCACUCCGUGGCCUCGGCGCUGAGCAGCCGGCGGGGCGGCGCCGGGUGCUGCUCGGCCAAGUGGCUCUGCCUCCUCAUCUGGGGCGCGGCCAUGCUGGCCUCCCUGCCCCACGCCAUCUUCUCCACCACCGCCACCGUCUUCAACGAGGAGCUCUGCCUGGUCAAGUUCCCCGAGGCCCGGGGCAAGAGCGCCCAGUUCUGGCUGGGCCUCUACCAGGCCCAGAAGGUGCUGCUGGGCUUCCUGGUGCCGCUGGCGGUCAUCAGCCUCUGCUCGCUGCUGCUGCUGCGCUUCCUGGGCGAGCGCCACGUGGGCCGGGCCUGCGGCGGGCCCAAGCGGCGGGCCAAGGUGACCCGCUCGGUGACGGUGGUGGUGCUCUCCUUCUUCCUCUGCUGGCUGCCCAACCAGGCGCUCACCGCCUGGGGCGUCCUGGUCAAGCUCAACGUGGCGCCCUUCAGCCCGCAGUACUUCCUCUCGCAGGCCUACCUCUUCCCCGUCAGCGUGUGCCUGGCGCACUGCAACAGCUGCCUCAACCCGCUGCUCUACUGCCUGCUGCGCCGCGAGUUCCGCGCCGCCCUGCGCCGCCUGCUCUGGCGCCUGGCCUCGCCCUCGCUCACCGCCACGCGCCCCUUCACCGCCACCACCAAGCCCGAGCCCGAGGAGCAGGCGCUGCGCGCCCUGGUGCCCGCCGCCGCCGCCCCCCAGCCCGAGCUCCUCUACUACCCGCCCGGCGUGGUGGUGUGCAGCGGCCGCUGGGACCUGCUGCCCAGCAGCUCCGCCGAGCAGCGCUGCUGA